AUGCUCACAGAGAGUGAGAGAAUGCUUGGCGACGGCCUCUUGCGCCUCCCAAACAAGCAUAAUUUCCGCUAUGGACCCAAGGCAGCAGAAGAGCUUCUCCAACUCCUCUUUCGCUCACUUUCCGGAUACGAUUCGCAACGCCUGAAAUUAUUGUUUCCCGAUGGAGCACCCGAAGAUAAGCCAUGGAAAUUGACAGAGGCACAGGGCGCUCGGGAAGGUGCCGAGUACAGCGAGGCUGCCCGUGGCAAACGUUGCGGUCAUAUCUUUAGAGCUGGUGAAGGAACAUAUCGGUGUAUUACAUGCGCGGCAGAUGAUACCUGCGUUCUGUGUAGCCGCUGCUUCGACGCCUCGGACCAUACGGGUCAUCAAUAUCAAAUCUCGCUGUCCCCUGGUAACUGCGGAUGUUGCGACUGUGGUGAUGAGGAAGCCUGGCGAGUUCCUCUGUGCUGUGCCAUCCAUACCGAUAGCGGUGAUUCAAAGGGCAAACAGCGUGCCAAGAAUGAGCUCCCAAGUGCAUGGGUCGAAGAUAUCCGAGUAACAGUCUCACGAGCAGUAGAUUAUUUCUGUGAUGUUAUUUCUUGCUCCCCAGAGCAGCUGCGGCUACCAAAGUCCGAGCAAGGAAUUCGACAUGACGAAGAAGCCUCACGACUGCACCCAGGAUGGUACGGAAAAGGUGACGAGCACGAAGACGAACCCGAGUUCGCGCUAGCCUUGUGGAAUGACGAAAAACACACCAUUCGUGAUGUCUCCCAUCAGGUCACACGUGCGUGUCGCGAGCGAGCUAGUUUCGGAGAAGCAAAAGCACACGAGACGAACGACAUGGGCCGCAGCGUGGUCAAGUAUUCUAAGGAUUUGAAUAAGCUGCUACAAGUAUCCCGAACGAUCGAACAUAUCAAAGUCACUGUUACCAUCCGUUCCGCCAGAGACACUUUUAGGGAACAGAUGUGCGGCACCAUUGUCGAAUGGCUUUCCGAUAUUGCUGGCUGCAGCUUUGGUGAAGACAGCGAAAUUCUCCGUCAUGUCGUUUGCGAGGAACUUCUACGCCCUUGGCGACGGGGAAGCGGUGCUUACAAUGCCGAUAUUGGAAUGCAAGGCAUUGAUGACCAUGAACGACACGAGUACGCACAGCCAUAUCGGGCGAUUACUCUGACGCUAUCUCCUCAGGGAGAUGUAUUCGUCGGCUCAGAUGACGAUGACGACGAAAUUGAUGAUAACGGAGAAGACCAAGACGAGAACGGGGAAGAUGCGGAUGCGGAUGCAGAUUAUAUAAAUGUCACCCGUGAUGAUGAUGACGAUGAUGAAGAUGAUUACGAGGAAAUGGAAAUUGACCUUGAGCGUUUGAGGCAAGAGGUUGAGAACAAUGACGAUGACGACGAUGUCGAUAUGAGCAAUAUGGAAGAUGAGCUAGAAGCAACUGCAGCUGCAUUUGCAAGAUAUUCACAUCCGCCCCCUCCACCUCCGCCUCCCGCUCCGCCAACUGCUCACCAGGGCGGUGGUGCUCAGACAGAUAUAGAAAUGGGUGAUAGAACACCCCAGCACGAAUCGGCCCAUGUUAAUAUACCCAAAACACCGACAAUCUCUGUCAAGCCAUCAGCCGCCAAGACUCCGAUGUACUGGCAGACACGACCUGCUCAACCCCAGGGGGAUAUCCCUCCGCAUGAAGACCUCACGCAGCGCACUCGCCUUGACUGGAUGAUCCUAUUUGAUCUGAGACUAUGGAAGAAGGCAAGAACAGACCUCCGCGAUCUCUACAUCAGCACGGUAGUCAAUGUUCCCCAGUUCAAACGCAUCAUGGGACUGCGCCUUUCUGCACUGUACACCGCGCUGGCGCAGCUAUAUUUGAUUGCUGACCGAGAACCGGAUCAUUCAAUCGUGAAUUUGUCACUCCAACUCCUCACUACCCCAUCGAUAACAGAGGAGAUUGUCCAUCGUGAUAACUUUCUUACCAAAGUUAUGGCUAUUCUUUAUACCUUCCUCACCACCCGUCAAGUUGGCGAGCCUUGGGAAGUCAAUCCAACUGCAACAUUAGCCUUUGAUGCCGGCUCGGUGACGAACCGCCGUCUCUAUCAUUUCUUCCUCGACCUACGCUACCUCCUUCAGUCAGAAUUUGUACAAAACCGGAUUCGUUCAGAAGAUCAAUAUCUUUUACAAUUCCUAGAUCUCGUCAAGUUACCACAAGGAAUCUGUCCGAAUUUGAGGGCCGUCGGAGAGCACGUAGAGUACGAAACGGAUACGUGGAUCAGCGCUUCAAUAUUGAUGAGAGAGAUCAAUCGCCUGUGUCGUCAGUUCUGCGAAGCAUUCCGACAUCCGCUGGAUGGACAUGGCGAAAAUCUUAUGCGCGCCAUCAAAGCUGCGGCCGUUUCGGCAAUUGUUCACUCGACAGGAGUUGAAAGGAAGCGGUUCGACCAGGCGGAAAUCAAAGAUGUUGUUCGGUUCAAGCAGCUCCCAUACUUUGACUUUGAGCUCUCACAAGUCUCUUCCGAGGAUCAGAUUCAACGGCAUCGGGUUGUUGACUUUGUGGUAGAAAAGGGUUCCAUCAGUUUCCACCACGCUCUGCAUUAUACUCUCUCGUGGUUGUUAGAAUGUGGCCGAAGCAUGACCGGGGACCUAAUGCGUGAUAUUCUGCUGGAUGCUGCCCAGACGGCUAAUGAGAAAUCUGUUCAUGACAGACAUCUGAGUAACGAGGAUCUUCUUCUCGCGAUGUUUGACUAUCCCCUUCGUGUUUGCGCUUGGCUGGCUCAGAUGAAAGCAGGAAUGUGGGUACGCAAUGGUUUGAGUCUCCGACAUCAAAUGUCUCAAUAUCGUGGCGUCUCCUCUCGUGACUUUGCCUAUUAUCGGGACAUUUUCUUGCUCCAAACCGCUCUUGUGACAUGUGACUCAAGCCGGGUUCUUGCCUCAAUUGCUGAGCGGUUUGGAAUCGUUGCAUGGUUCAAUGGCAACUACCAGCCUCGUCCUGGGUAUGAGGAUUCUCAGAUUGUCGAUGUAGCAGAGGAAUUCGUGCACUUGCUCAUUAUCUUGAUCACCGAUCGCACGUCACUUACCGCCAACGAUGAUGAUGCCAUGCUGGCUCGCGAAAAUAUCAGCCGUGAUAUUGCCCAUGUGCUCUGUUUCAGGCCUCUGUCAUUCUCUGACUUGUCAACGCGCUUGAGUGACAAGUUAUUGGAAACAGACAUGUUCCAAGACGUCUUGGAAGACGUUGCCACAUUCCGUCCUCCUGAGGGAUUGAACGACACCGGCACGUUUGAGCUCAAGCCUGAAUACAUUGAUUUGGUCGACCCGUUUAGUGCUCAUUACAACAAGAACCAACGGGACGAAGCAGAGAGUAUUUAUCGGGCGUGGAUGGCGAAGAAGACGGGUAAGAAGGCUUCUGACAUUGUAUUUGAGCCCAAGCUGCGGCCUGUUACAAUCGGAGCAUUCUCGGCCCUUUCGGGCUUCACCAAGACUGCGUUGUUCGCAGAGAUUAUACAUCAUUGUCUCGAUUAUUCCCUAUGUUUCAAAGACAAGACACCGCAAAUUCCGGUAACACGGGUGGAAACAUUUCUCCAUAUCGUGCUCCAUUUAACUCUCAUCGGUACCCAAGAAGACAACAGUGUAGAAGAUGAUACUGGAAUUCAACGGUACGAAUCAUUCAUAUGGCAGGCUCUAUCAAAGUCGAAAAUGACUCAAAAUUGUGGCAACCUUACCACUGUUGGUCUUCUGGAAAAGAUAUCGGUUACGAGCGAGUUUGAGAGCUGUGGCGCGAAGAUCAAGCAUAUCAUCAAAAUGAUGUGGCACAAGCAACCACGAUCAUAUACCUCGGCUACCGCAAGUUUGAAAUUUCCGUAUGAGCGCCUUGAUACGAAUUCACCGGCAACAAAUGUCGAAUCUGAACAGGAACUUAAAAAGAAGCAAGCUCUAGAUCGGCAAGCGCGUGUCAUGGCACAGUUUCAACAGCAACAGCAAAAUUUCCUCAAUAGUCAAGGCGCUUUUGAUUGGGGCGAAGAGGAUUUUAGUGAUACAGAAUCGGAGACAAUCGGCGAGACGGAGAGCAAGACCUGGAAAUUUCCCAGUGGCACUUGUAUUCUCUGUCAGGAGGAGACCAAUGACUCGAGGCUCUUUGGAACCUUUGCCUUGGUCCAGGAUAGCAGCAUCUUGCGUCUAACUGAUAUCUACGAAAAGGACUGGAUACGAGAGGUUUUGAGAAACCCAACCAGCCUUGACCGCUCUGCAGAAUCUAUUCGGCCAUUUGGUGUUGCAGGACAAAACCGGAUCGAGGUCAAGAAGCUUGAUUCCUCUGGUGGUGAGAAGAUUGGUGAGAAGAUUGGUCUUAGUAAAGGGUUUUCCUCCAAGAAUACUCUUCGUGGCCCGGUGACUACUGGCUGCGGCCAUAUCAUGCAUUAUGCAUGCUUUGAAGUUUAUUGCACAGCUACACAGAGACGCCACUCGCAACAAGUUGCACGGAAUCAUCCAGAGAAUUUGGGGCUGAAGGAAUUUGUCUGCCCCCUUUGCAAGGCUCUAGGAAAUGCAUUUUUACCGAUUAUCUGGAAAGGCAAGGAAGAGUCAUACCCCGGCGUGCUCAGUACGCAGCGCUCCUUUGAUCAAUUUAUUCUUGAAGAUUUAAAGUCCACACUUUCGCAACCUCCCAACUAUCCGUUGGUUGUCACAGAGAACGAUAAAGUCCAGCUAUCUGCCUAUCGAGAUUUGUUCAGCGAGUAUCUCAGCAAAUCUCUUGUGGCCCCGUUAUCCAGCAAGGUCGAUCAGUUAAGGGCGUCAAUACCGCCUCCUCCACCGGUACCGGCUGCUUUCUGGACGCUGCCCACGCCGCGAGUGCUCAUGCCAGGCAUCUUCCCCAAUCCUGAUGAAAUGAAUGCAGGGAGCCCGCUUCCACCCCCGCCUCCGACUGCUGAGACACCUGUUUCUGAGCUAGUACAGGUCUAUCGGAGGCUGAAGAAGACACUGCGAGAAAACCAGAUCCAGUCACAAUUCCCUUACUCACAGGAAGUUAGUAAUGGGGAAGACCUUAUUUAUACAGAUUCUCUAAUUCGAAGUUUCGGAUUCAGCAUCUCUGCUCUGGAAAUUGCGCAUCGUGGUGUUGAGUCAGAUCCGGGAGCGACACUCUUGGAUAAAAUACCCCAGCUAACAUUGACGCACCUUCGCGUGCUUGCUGAGACAGCAUAUGCCUACGCAGCUGUUGGUGGAGUCUCGAACCCGUCAACAAAGAAUCGCGCAACGCAAGAGUUCCAAGAGAUGCAUCGGCAGAAGAUCUGUCAGCUCUUUGUGGGCCAUCCCGUCGUCAACGGCACCGCCUUGCUUGACGACGUGCGCAACAUAGAGCCCUUGCUGGGCAUGGACACUUUUGUGUUCCUUGCCGAAUGCUCUCUGUCACUAUUACCUGUGCUCAAGAUGGAGAUUGCACAUCUGGUGCAACUUUGUUACGUGGCGGAGAUCCUCAAGGUCGCAGUCACUUUUAUUCUAUGGAAUCAUGUACUCAAAGACGAGUUGGCUCGUCAUGAAGACGAAAUCGACACCGACUCGGCAAGGGCCCAAUAUGCAGUUACCAGGAACUUCUUCGAUGCAGUGGUAUCGGAGUUAAAGUCAAAUUCCAUUGGCCGUGCUGCGGGAUCGUCGAUCAUAAGCGGUUUCCUGAAGGAAGGGGAAGAUUCUAAUACACCACGACUAGUCAUGGCUUUGCGACGUCUCAUCUCGAGCUACGCGUUGCCGUUUUUGAGAAAGACGGUGAUCUUGCUUCAUGUCCAGUAUGGCGUUGACUUCCCGAGUGCGGGUCUAGGAGAUGAAAGUACUACUGAGUUGGACCGGUUGACCCAUGUACUCCGAUUGCCCACGUUGGAUCAGAUUUUCGCGUCCUUUUCACCGGCGCGAGCGAGUGACAAUCCUUGGUACAGGGUGUUGUCUGGGUGGAUCUUCCACUGGAACGCAUCUCGCUCGGGAAUUAAGCUGGAAGACCACCGACUGUGGCCUAGCCUGUCUCAUCCGGCCAUCUUUGAGCUGAUUGGCUUACCAAAAUAUUUCGAUUUGUUGAUUGAAGAAGCCAACCGCAAACGCUGUCCCAACUCGAAGAAAGAGCUGAGCGACCCGAGCAUUUGUCUGUUUUGUGGCGACAUCUUUUGCUCGCAAGCCGUGUGCUGUAUUGACAAUGGAUUGGGUGGUUGCAACCAGCACAUGUUGAAAUGUGGCAAAAACAUCGGCUUGUUCAUCAACAUCCGCAAAUGCACCGUCCUAUACCUACACAACGGAAACGGAUCCUGGCAUUUCGCGCCGUAUCUAGACCGCCACGGCGAAGUCGACCCUGGUCUGCGCCGAAGCCGGCAGUUGAUUCUGAAUCAGAAACGGUACGACAAGCUGCUGCGAGACGUGUGGCUUUCUCAUGGGAUUCCGACGACGAUUAGUCGAAAGUUGGAGGCUGAUAUUAAUACUGGCGGUUGGGAGACUAUAUAA